UAAUGCACAAUCCACAAUUUUAUUAGACCAUUACCAUCGUGAUUCAUGGACAUGGAAGUGGUUAGAGGAUGUCGUCGAGCGAGAGUGACAACGAAGAAACUAGAAGACUGAAAGAAGCAGCUAUUUCGAUCUCAACGACUUCUCUUACAAGUAAUGGUCAUGAUGAAAAUGGACACGCUUUAUUAAAUGGAUUUAACAGAACUGCCUGUAGAAAGAUUUCAAAAAGAAUUUCGAAUACAUCAAAAGAAGAAGACAAUGAAUUGAAAACAACACCAGAAUUCAGAUCAUUUGUUGCCAAAAAGCUAGGAGCUUUUCUAGACAGCAACACAAAAUGCUGGACAAGGGAAGGUACUGAUAAUGAUCUGAACAGUUCAUCAGUUGACGAUAGUGGUUUCAGAUUGUUUUCAAGUUCCUGUGGAGACUGGAUUUCCGAAGAAGAGGCAAAUAAAAAAUUCUGCCAGCGGCGACGGAAACGUCAGAAGUCCAGCUCAAGUGAUAGCACAGAAGAUGAUCGACUUGCUGAAGCAGUCGUCCCUGAAGAUUUUAUGUCGGCUACAUCAAAUAACAAACACGAAAAAAAUUACAACAGUUUAGAAGAGAAUAGUCCAAGUAAAAAACAAAAGAAAUGCAAACAUAAAACGAAGGAGAAAGAUGCCGAUGAACAGAGUGGUAUUUUUAGUUUAAAAAAACACAAGAAGAAAAAGAGGGCAAUGUCUGGAGAUUGAAUCCAGAUCCUCUAUUUUAAGCAAAUGGUUUCUACAAUUAAUGGUUAUUUUUCGGUUUUGGAAACAGCUUUACUAUAUCAUAAACACGAGUGCAUAAAAUGUCAAAACGUUUUUAAUUGCAUCGAAACUGAAUGUAGGCUUCCCAAAAUUGAGGAUACUAAAUAGUGUAAUGAAGAACUUUAGAGACUAGGACCCUUAAAUCCAAACGAUGGACUGAUGUUUCUCAGUUAUAGUUUGAAUGUUGAUUUGAUAUAGUUUGUUUGCAACAGCUUUCCUUUGGUCGACUCCUUCCACGCGCAGCUUUAUGUCAGUUGAUAAUAUAAUCUAUGCCACGAAGUUUUUUUUAUAGCAAGUAUUACUAUUUCAUGUGCAUUCCUUGUUUUUAUUUCUUUGUAUACCGCUUUAUAUUUAAUAUCAUACAUUUCUGUUCUA